AUAGCAGAGUGCGUUGUGCUGGAAGGAACCAAUGGGAGUGGAGGGCGGUGUUGUUGGGGAGACCGGCGGUUUAACUGACCGAAGGGGGUAGUUUUUGAAGGAAGGGGGAAGAGAAGAAGGAUCCCAUCAUGACCGACACAGAGGUGGCGGAAGCCCGCUGCGUCUUCAGAGGCAUUGAACACAUCCUACGCAUCCGUAACACAGGGGAUCGGCUGGAGGUUGAGGUUGAAGAUGCUUUGACCACUGAUCAGUGGAGAGGGGAGUUUGAUGCUGAAUUUGUAGAAGACCUCACUCACAAGACGGGAAACUUUAAGCAAUAUUCCAUUUUCUGCAAUAUGCUGCACUCCGCACUCACUCAGAGUAGUGAAUCGGUAACCCUAGAUCUCCUGACUUACGCUGACCUGGAAUUGCUUCGCCACAGGAAAGCCGGAGGAGUGCAGCGUCCAGCUCCUCAGGCCAAAAGCUCAUCUCUUACCUCCAAGCGAUACCUGAUACUUAUCUACUCUGUAGAAUUUGACAGGAUCCAUUAUCCCCUCCCUCUUCCCUACAUUGGCAAACCGGAUCCUGUCUACUUAAGACAAGUGAUUCGGGGGCUGAAAGACGAGCUGGCUGUUCUGAAACUAGCACCAAGUGAGGAAAGCAGGGAGACCGAGGUCCGACGGCUGAAGGAAGAGCUCCAACGAGUGACACAGGAAAAACAAGAGGCCGAUCUUGCCUUACAGAGGCUGCAGGACCUUGAAGUCCCUAAUGGUAAAGAAACCAGUCAUAUACGUAUCCUGAAGAGAGCGGUGCAGACUUUAGAGUUAGAACUUCAGAAAGAAAGGAGCAGGAGUCAGCGACUGGCAAGCAAGAGGAAGGAAGAAAGCAGGCAACUAACAGAGGAGCUGGAAGAACUGCGAGCGAUAGAGCGGACCCUUCGUCUGAAAGUAAAAAGUCUAAGCACAGAGCUGGCUAUGUACAAAAGAGGACGUGUGACACCUAUGGGCCCCUCCUCACAGAGUCGCUCCAGCUCUGCAGGCCGGGGGCCUUCUCAUCGUAGCUCAUCUAGGGGAGAGGCUUCCUCAAGAAGAGAGAGGUCCACAUCACGGGACAGAAGUGAACUUAACUCCCGAGAGGGAAGGAGUCUCACAAGGCAGCCAAGAUUAUCGCCUUCCCCUGUGGCUAUCCGACCACCUCGAUUUGAUCCAACAGCCUAUGUCCGAGACAAGGAACGAAAGCUGAAAGAGGUGGAUUUAAAAAAAUGUCGACGGGUUUCCAGUUCCCCCUCUAGUGUGAGAGGCCAGAGACGUAGCUCAUCAAUUGAAAGUAUUCGAAGUCAUCGAUCGUAUCAAAGCUCAGGGGAUGAAAUGGAUUAUGCCGAACAUCUACGCAGCAGUGAUGAUAGAAAACCAGCAGCACGUGGAAAGAAACCCUUCACUCACUCAUCCUGGAACAGCCGAAAUAGCGGCAAAAAAGAUAGAUUACCUGUAAAGAAGAGGCUUUCCAGCACCCCAACUUAUGAUCGAAAAAUUGAGAAAGAAAACCGCUUCGACCCACUCUCCGACCUCUCGGACAUCGAUACUCGACUUCAAGCGUUGCAAGACUACAUGAGGAAUCUGGACACCCGCACCUAAGACUGCAGCUCUGAAGUAGGGACCAAAUUUCGACAAUCUGCUGGCUCCCAGAUUCAAGGCAUUACAGUGGAAAUGGAAGGCUGUGCCAAUGGAUUCCAGGCACUCAAUGUAUAUGAAGUGUGUUUUUAACUUUUUGCUAAGUUAUAUGUAAUCAGGGAGGACAAUUUGGAGAGAAGUCCGAAUUCUCUGAAGGUUUUUUCCUUCCUGCUCCACCUGUGGCGAAUUGAGUAUGAGUGGUUGAGAGCACUUACUGAAGUGAGCUGUAAUGGAGAGGCAAUAAGGAUUCAAUCGCCCAUUGUUCUCAGUGAUGUAAGGUCACGCCAAAUCCUGUUAAAAAUAAAAAUAAAUUAUGUUUGUGUGUGUGUGUGUAUGUAUAUAUAUAU